CUUCAGUUAUCAGCGGGAUGUGAGCGAGUGCGGUUCUUGGUUAUUCUGGGCUCUGGGACAGAUGCCAGCGCGGAAAGAAUAACUAAAAUAUUAACAAAAAUUGACAUAUUGUUUGAAAAAUAUUCGAAAAAAAGAAACAAAACAAAAAAAAUUCAUAUAUUUCGCAUAUAUAAAAAAAAGAAUUUCCUCCGAAAAAAUAGCAACGACAUAAAGUCAGUGGCGCCCAAAGGGCACACAGUUAUUGUGCAAGUUCGAGUGUAACUAUAACAAAUAAUUCUGGAUAAAAACCAAAACCAAAACCAUAAAGUUUCUGCUCUGUGUUUGUGGGUGGGUGGUGUGUCCAUCCAUAACCAAGGCAACUAGACAAACACACAGAUAGACACACACACACACACACACACACACACACAGAGACAGCGCAAGGGAGACACAGACUGGUGUAAACGGAAACCCACCCACAUAGUCGCGUAUAAGAAAGCAGCUCAAACAUCAUCAUUUGGCAGCUGAGAAGGCGUUAAACACAUUUAAGCCGGGUCAAGUGGAGCCGCAGAAUGGUGGUGGUGUCCACACAAUGAGUGACCACAGCAGUCACAUGGAGGCGGCGGGCGGUGCCAAUGGCAGCGGUAUCGAUCCGCUGCUAAUGCUGUCCAAUCUGGACGGAAUCGGGGAGAGUGUGGAGCUGCAGUGCCUGGUGCAGGAGCACUUGGAUUCAACGACCUACGGCAAUGCCAGCGACCACUGUCUCACACAGUUCGACUCGAUCCUCUGCUGGCCGCGAACGGCGCACGGCACCCUGGCCGUGCUGCAGUGCAUGGACGAGCUGCAGGGCAUACACUACGACAGCAGCAAGAAUGCCACCCGCUUCUGCCAUGCGAAUGGAACGUGGGAGAAGUACACCAACUACGAUGCCUGCGCCCAUCUGCCAGCCUCCCACUCGGUGACGGAGUUCGAGGUCAUCGUGGAGCUGCCAACCAUCAUUUACUACAUCGGUUACGCCCUCAGCCUGGUCUCCCUCAGCCUCGCUUUGAUUGUCUUUGCGUACUUUAAGGAGCUGCGUUGCCUGCGUAACACCAUUCACGCCAAUUUGUUCUUCACGUACAUUAUGUCGGCUUUGUUCUGGAUACUGUUGCUAUCGGUUCAGAUCUCCAUCCGGAGCGGACAGGCCAGCUGCAUUGCUCUGGUCACGCUCUUCCACUUCUUUACGCUGACAAACUUCUUCUGGAUGCUGGUGGAGGGCCUCUAUCUGUACAUGCUGGUGGUGAACACCUUCUCCGGCGACAAUAUACGCUUCAACAUUUACGCCUCCAUCGGAUGGGGUGGUCCGGCCCUGUUUGUCGUUACCUGGCUGGUGGCCAAGAGUCUGACUGUCACCUACAACAGCACCGAAAAGUAUGACAUCAAUUGCCCCUGGAUGGAGGAGACGAAUGUGGAUUGGAUAUUCCAGGGACCCGUCUGUGCGGUGCUGCUCAUCAAUUUAACCUUCCUGCUGCGCAUCAUGUGGGUGCUCAUCACCAAACUGCGCUCGGCCAAUACCGUGGAGACGCGUCAGUAUAGGAAGGCGGCCAAGGCACUGCUGGUGCUCAUUCCCCUCUUCGGCAUCACCUACCUGGUGGUGCUGGCCGGCCCGUCCGAGGUCGGUCUUAUGGGUCACAUGUUCGCCGUUCUGCGCGCUGCUCUGCUGAGUACACAGGGCUUCUCCGUAUCGCUGUUCUACUGUUUCCUCAACUCGGAGGUGCGCAAUGCGCUGCGACAUCACAUCUCCACAUGGCGGGACACGCGUGACAUCCAGCAGAGUCAGAGCCGACGGUACACCGCGAAAAGUUUCUCCAAGGGCGGCAGCUCGCCGCGGGCUGAGAGCAUGCGGCCUCUGACCAGCUACUAUGGACGCGGCAAGCGGGAGUCCUGCGUCAGCUCGGCCACCACCACGACACUGGUGGGGCAGCAUCCGCCCUGCAACGCCCUGCACCGUGGCUCCACCAAUGCCCUGCACACUGGAGGCGCCAGCACAACGGGCAUGGGCCUGGGCACCGGCAGCACUCUCAGUGUCAUGCCCCGGGCAAUCAGUCCCAUGAUGAAGUUGCAGCAAGGACUCGAGGAGAACUCCGUUUAGGGGAUGGCCCACAGAUGAAUCUUAAGAGACUGAACUUUCAUUGAAUUCCAUUUCCGAACGGAGAUCUGUGAGUGCGAUGAGGUAGUACUUAGAUAUUAGCGAGAAUAUCAAUGAUGGAAGGACCAGACCACGUACCAGACACAGGCACAGGCACAGCCUCCAAGUCAGAGCCACAGCAGAGCAGCAAAAUGUCGAGUCAAAUGUCGUUGUCGUGUCUAUGUGAGCCACAAGCCCAACUUGCAACCCACGGCUACCCCUGAACCCAAUCCAUACACAAUACUCCACGUACUCCAAUAUUAGCCAAUACAUUGUGUGUCUGUUUGUGUGUACAAAUACUUAUAUAUAAACUGUAGCAUAAUCGAGCAUCUGAAUAAAUGGUCUAUUUACUUGUGAGUGUA